CUCACCAUUUUCGGUCCUCUUCAGAUUCAAAACAAUGCCUGUAAAAGAUGGGCCUGGUCUCGGCAUCGAAGUCGAACAUGUGGCAAAUGCGGCACACGUGUUUGGUGUUAUAGCAGCAAUCCUAAUGCUUGUUUGGUGUCUCCACUAUCGUGGGGGCCUUAACCUGAAUUCAUCAGAUGCCGACCACAUUUUCAAUGUACACCCGGUUCUAAUGUUCGUUGGUUUCAUUCUGUUUUCUGGAGAAGCAAUAAUGGCCUACAAAACAGUGAGGGAAGAGAGGCGCAAAAGGAAGCUUGUCCAUUUAGCCCUGCAUCUGAUUGCUGGCCUGAUGGGCUUAAUUGGUGUUAUUGCGGCAUUCAAGUAUCACGGAGAGUCUGAGCUCCCUAACAUGUACAGUUUGCAUUCAUGGCUAGGCAUGGCCACCAUUUGCCUCUUUGGUCUGCAGUGGUUGAUCGGCUUUAUAACCUUCUGGUAUCCUGGUGCUGCGAUUUUGACAAGGACUAGAUUUCGUCCUUGGCAUAUUUUUUCGGGCUUAACAAUCUUCAUCAUGGCAAUCUGCACUGCAGAGACUGGACUGGUGUCAAAAGCACAGUUUCUGAGCCUUACACUUGGGGAUGAAGCUCUCAUGAUAAAGAUGAUAGGACUCACCGUUCUCUUGUUCGGAAUUUCUGUGGGCCUUUGUGUGUCUUCGAAUGAUAACGAUGGACCACUGUAGUCCUUUCGUGUGCCA